AUGCAUUUUACAUUCCUUAUUAUGGCGACUUGGAUGCGUAAUGUUUAUGAUUAUAUUUUCAAACUUAAUUUUUUCGAUACAGAAACAGACGAUGAACACGUGAAAAGAAAUGAAAUUUUAUCAACACGAAUUUACAUCAUUGUUCUUAUCAUUAUUCUGUCUCUAUUUAUUGAGUAUUCAUCUUUAGCAACUCAGACAACUAUUAUCACAAUUUCAAGUCCAACACAAAAACAAUUUGAACAAUUACAAUUGAAAUAUUCAAUAGAUUUAAAAUGUCCAUGUAAACAAUUCUCAAUUCCGUACAAAGAAUUUAUAAGUGUAAAAGUAAAAUAUAAUGAAAUUUGUUCAUCUGAUUUUGUUAGUCAACAAUGGAUUGAUUAUUUGUAUUUUGAAAGUUUAAGUUAUUAUCAUCCACUUGAUUUUCGUCGAAAUGCCCCAUUUAAAUUUCAACUUCUUCGAACAUUAUGUCAACAAGCCAUAGAAAUGAUUAAUAAUAGUCUUGAACAAUUUUAUUCAAAUGAUUUCAUUACAAUUAAACCUAUUUCAAUGAAUACAUUCAACGUUCAACUGAAUUCGACUCUUAAAGCAUUUCAGCAAACAACAUUUUUGUCAUUUCAAAAUUUAUUGAGACUUAUCCGAGAAGAAAUAUCAGAAAAUCGAUUAUACUCUGCAAUAGACAGACGUUCCUUCUUUAAACUGGACUUAAAUACAUAUGACCUCUUUUUCUUUCAAAUUUGUUACAAAGAUAAUACAGACGACAGAGUUGAUGAUGACGUCUCUGACAAUGAUGCCCUUUAUCGAAAACCAGAAAAAAUUUAUUUGGAUAUAAAUAAGUAUGAUUAUUCGGAAUGUAUUUCAAGUAGUGAAGACGUCGGUCCUACUGAACAAAUACCUGGUAUGUUUGUAAGUUCUCUACCAAUCGAGUCGUUAAUGUAUUCGACACUGGAAUGUUUAUUUGACCAAAAAUGUUUGAAUAUCAUUUCUUUAUAUAUCCAUUCUUCGUCAACUCCAAUUCAUCGUUUCUCAAUAUUAACUCAACAUCCAUCAACAAAAUAUCAAACUAUUAAAGUUUUAGCCAAUAGAUCAUUUGUUGAAGAAUGGAUUAAUGAUAAUUCAUAUGAAAAAUAUUAUAAUUAUUGUCAACCAUUAUUCUGUGAAUAUCGAGAUAAGUCAAGAAAUGCUUAUGUUUAUAUUUUCACAACAACGAUUAGUUUAUUUGGUGGAUUGAAAAUUCUUCUUCCAUUGAUUAUCAUAAAUAUUGUCACAUUCAUUCGAAAGAAAAAACAACAACAACCAACAGACACUCCUCCGAUUUCAAUGAGAAUUCGUCUGUGCAUAUUCUUACAAUUAAUUAAAAAUCUUCUCAUGACAAUGAAUAUAUUCAAUAGUUAUUCAUCAGAUGAACAUAGACAAAAGAACGAAAUUAUAUCAACAAAAGUUUAUUUUCUCGUAUUGAUAAUUUGUUUAGUGGCUUUUACUUUUAAUUUAUAUAUUAAAAAAGAAGCAACAAUGAAAUUUAUUCCUCAUCCAACUCGAAUACAAUUUGAAGAAUUACAAAAUAAAUCAGUCGAGAAUCUUCAAUGUCCAUGUACUAAUAUUUCAGUAAAAUAUUCGGAAUUCGUUUAUUUAUCUCCAAUUCAUCAUGAAAUAUGUUCAAGUGUAUUUGUUUCAUCUUUCUGGAAAUCAGAGUACAAUAUCUGGAUACAUGGGGAAUUGUGUGAUCCUAAAGCCUUUGACAGAAUUGGUUCUGCUUUUUUCUCUCUCUUAUCAAAGUUUUGUAAAUUAGCAAAGGCAAACUUUCAAAAUGAAUUAACACAAUUUUAUGAUCGGCAAUAUAUAACGACUUUUGCUGUUGUCCAAAACCAAUUUAAUCAUGAAAUAAGUUCAUUGAUAGGAAUAUUGAAAGAUAGAAUGAAAUACUCAUCUUACGAGCAACACAUCCGUAUAUACGAUACUUUUUUUAAUAAUCAAAUAUAUUCGCAACUACAAACAGGUUCUUAUAUACAACCAACUUGGUACAAUGACACUAUUGAAAUCGGGUUUAACCUCGUGGAAAGUGACUUUUGCUCGUGUGCAAUUGAAUGGAAUUGUGUGAAACAGGCGUCAUUUUGUGAUAAUAACAAAGAAGAAUGUAUUCCAGGUAUAUUUCUAGCUUGUAACAUAGCUGCUACUUUAUUAUCCUCAACAACAGAAUGUUUUUUUGACCAAGACUGUUUAAAUCUAAUCAAAUCCCGCAUGAAAACAGAUACAGAACUGUAUAAACAGUUACAGCCAUUGAAUAGAUCGAAAACAAGUCGAUAUGUAACAAAUGCUACUUUUGAUGAACUUGCUGCAAAUCUUUUUAUUGAAAAUUGGAGUGAAUCUUAUUCGUAUGACAAAUAUUAUAAUUCUUGUAAGCCAUCCUUUUGUUCAUAUAAAAUCCAAGAACGACCAAAAUUUGUUUAUAUAUUAAUUAAAUUAAUCAAUACGUGUGGAGCAUUAACAAUCAUUCUUAAAUUUUUAAUCCCGAAUAUUGUUUAUAUCAUUCGAAGAAAGCCAGGACAACGACAAGGAAAUAUAUUUCAUAAAAUACGCAUCACUUUACAGUUAUUUUUAACAAAAUUAUUACAACUAAAUUUCUUUCGAAAUCAAUCAAAUAAUCUUCACAUAAUACGACAACAAAUCAUUAGUACACGCGUGUAUCUAAUCACUUUCAUUACCAUUUUAGUUAUUCUAGUUCUUUAUACAUCAUUAAACAGAAAAACUAUCACUAAUACAAUUCAACUAACAGAGUUAACACAAUAUGAAGAGUUAUAUACAAAGUAUCCUCACGAUUUAAUUUGUCCAUGCAAUAAAAUAUCAAUAAAGUAUGAAAAUUUUAUUAGUCUUAUAUACACUUAUAGUGAAGUUUGUUCAUCAGACUUCGUAAGUCGGGAAUGGAUUUGGCGGUUAUAUCAAGCUGCGAAUAAAUAUCAUCAUAGUUUCUAUGCAAAAGUACCUGUUCAAUUUAGUUUCCUUAUGAUCGUAUGUGGCUUUACUGGAGACGUGCUCAAUCAUAAUCUACAUCAAUUUCAUUCAACAAGAUGGUUUAGCAACGAGUUGAUUUCGAUGGAUUUAUUUCAAAAGAAAGUUAAUACAAGUGUUCGUUUAUUUAAAAAGUCAAUGGCACAAAAGCUUAAAGAAACAUUUGAUAUGACUCGUGAAAUUCUUCAUGGAAAUGCGUUCAUAUCAGCUCUUCGAACUAACUGGAAAUUUAUGAUUACCAGUAUCACGAGUGACAACGGAAUAUAUUAUACGAAAGCAAUGUCAUACAAUAAUCGAUCAUGCACAUGUGCAACUUCACUACGUUGCUCCGAACCAUUAGUAAUUAACAAUAUAACUAUCAAAGGUUUAUUUAUUGGUUGUUAUCCAGUAGAAGCCAUGUUACAGUCAUCAUUAGAAUGUUUUUAUGAUGAGACUUGCUACAAUUUGUUUCUGUCGAGUCUUACAGGAAAACUAGAAUUAGCGUCUGUUGUUAAAGGAUUGAAAAGUAGCUAUCCAAGACACGAAACAAUUCAACAAAUGGUUGAUCGAUUGUUUGUUGAUGAGUGGCAUGUUAAUGACUCAUAUGAAAAUUAUUUUCAAGCAUGUAAUCCGACACAUUGUACUUAUUCAUUUAUACAAAACUUCAAUACAUUGAAAGUAAUAAAUACUAUAUUUGAUUAUUAUGGAGGUUUAAAUAUUAUAUUAAGUGUUGUAAUUCCAUUUAUUGUUCGUAUUAUAUUUCAAAUUUAUUGUAGAAGAAGACAAAUAUUAGUGGUACCAAAUCAAUCAGCAUCCAAUUAA